CAGCUUUUUUCUGUUCGACGAUGGCCAUUCCCACUGCGGGGCGUCCGAAGCUCAAGACCGCAUUCAAAAAAGCGCGUACGGUUCCCCCGCUGUACACGGGAGGACCCGUUGCAGUCCUUCCAGAUGGACAGAGACUCGUGACUUGCACUGGAGAAGAGUUGUUAUUGACUGAGGUGUCGACGGGCACCCAAAUAUGCACCUUUGCGGGUGACACACAAUCGGUAACAUCAAUAUGUGUUUCCCCUUCCUCGACACACCUUCUCGUUUUUACUUCUUCGCUUUCCCUUCGUAUCUUUGAACUUCCACGGUCGCUAGAUUCCCUCGAAAAACCGAUACAGCCGAUCCGCGUGAUAGCCAAAGCCCACGACGCCCCGGUCCACGUUUGUAAAACUGAUCCUACGUCCACCUACCUCGCUUCUGGCUCUGCGGAUGGUGUCGUCAAAGUAUGGGAUAUCCUUCGUGGAUAUGUGACGCAUGUGUUCAAGGGUCACGGGGGCGUAGUGAGCGCUUUGACGUUCAACUAUCCCCAGGACUCGUCUGUAAGCCAAAGAACCCAAAUGCAGCUUAUUACUGCAUCCGUAGACACUCGUAUACGGAUUUUUGAGCUCUCAGAGGCAUCCCGAGCAACUAGCAAACCGGGUGCUGUGCUUGAAGGACAUGUUUCUGUCCCUCGGGGUCUGGACGUGUCUUUGGAUGGGAAGUGGUUGGUUAGUGGAGGGCGAGACUCAGUCGUUCUUUUAUGGGACCUCUCAUCGUUGAGUCUUGUCCACUCUAGUGCCAAACGAAAGGGGAAGAGCAAGGAAACUGCUCCCCGAUUGCUGAAGACGAUUCCGAUUCUGGAAAGAGUGGAAGCGGUGGGACUGUUGCAUGAUGAGGAUUUAACAGGUACUUCGUCAGACCCGAAGAAUGUACGCUUCUAUACUGGAGGAGAGAAUGGUGUCGUAAAGAUUUGGGAUGCAAGGGAAGGCAACGUGCUGUUCACUCUCGGGACCGAGCAUUCUCAAAUUUCGGCUGACCAAGAAGAGCAGCGCCAGAUUGUUGAUGUUCAAUAUAAUGCGGCAACAUCAACCCUCGUAUCUGUUCAUGCUGAUCAAAAUAUCUUGUUCCACUCUCUCACCUCGCAUUCUCUCACCCGUCAACUCAUUGGAUACAAUGACGAAAUUGUCGACGCAACAUUCCUUUCACCCCUUGGAGCGUCCUCCAGAGACUCACACCUGGCCAUUGCAACUAAUUCGUCCCUCGUUCGAGUGUAUUCAACCUCGUCUCUCGAUGCUCGUCUGCUCGAAGGGCACAAAGAAAUCGUUCUGUCGGUUGACCACAGUGCCGACGGGCGUGUAUUAGGCAGCGGAAGCAAAGAUCGUUCUGCAAGGAUAUGGGCGCCCAGCGCAUCAGAUGAGGCCUACCGCUGUGUUGGCCUGUGUGAAGGCCACGCUGAAAGCGUUGGGGCUAUCGCCAUGUCUCGCAAGGCUGAUGAAACCAACUCUCCCACCAAGCUGCGAUUCAUGUUCACAGGCAGUCAAGACCGGACCAUAAAAAUGUGGGAUCUUUCCACGGUACCGUCCACAUACACGGAGGGUUCGGAUGUCGUUCGGUGCAAGAGUCUGUUGACGCUGAAAGCGCAUGAGAAGGACAUCAAUUCUCUGGAUGUAGCUCCGAAUGAUUGUAUGCUUGUGUCGGGGUCGCAGGAUCGUACCGCUAAGGUGUAUGCCAUUGAGUACAGUGGUGCAAACGGGGAGCUGAAGCUCUUGGGCACGUGCAAGGGUCACAAGCGGGGCGUGUGGAGUGUCAAGUUUGGCCGGGCCGAGAGGGUGCUGGCUACAGGGAGCGGGGACAAGACCGUCAAGCUAUGGAAUUUGGACGAUUUUUCAUGCGUCAAAACUUUUGAGGGUCAUACGAAUUCUGUUUUGAGGGUCGAUUUCCUAAACUUGGGAAUGCAGCUGGUCAGUGCAGGGUCGGACGGAUUGGUGAAGGUGUGGAACGUGAGGGAAGAGGAAUGUAUGGUGACUUUGGAUAAUCAUGAAGAUAAGGUCUGGGCUUUAGCCGUAAGCGCCGACGACCAAACUAUCGUUUCCGGUGCCGCAGAUUCUGUCAUUACCUUUUGGCAAGAUAGCACUCAGGAGGAAGACGAAGCGAAGGAGUCAAAGAAGGCCGACCUAGUCUUAAAGGAACAGGAUUUUACCAACUACAUAUCCCUGAAAGACUACCGCCGGGCCAUUGAGCUCGCCCUGGCGAUGGAGCAACCCGGUCGAUUGCUGUCAUUGUUCAGGGACGUGCGAUCAUCUCAAGAUGAAACAGGUUCGGUUUCGGGCAAUGCCUCAUUGGACCAGGUGAUCCGGACGUUGCAUGGGCCAGAUCUCGCCAAGCUGCUGCGGUACGUUCGGGACUGGAAUGCAAAUGCGAAGACGAGUGCGGUAGCGCAAGGAGUGCUGUUUGCCAUUGUCAAGCUGAGGUCACCGGAGGACGUGAGCAAGGCAUUCCAGGUGAACUUUGGGCAAGAGGGUGAGAAGGGCAGCUCGGCCCUGAAGGAGCUGAUUGAUGCGCUGAUACCGUAUACGGAGCGACACCUUUCGCGAACGGAGAGGCUGGUGCAAGAGAGCUACAUGGUGGAUUACAUCUUGGGCGAGAUGGAUGAUGGGAUGUUCGACGGAGAUGAUGGUAGCAUGGAAGUCGACGAAUCGUUGUAUGUAUAACGGUGCCACUAAAAAUAUUGUAUUUGAUACACAGUAGAUAUAUUUCUGUUCAAAAAUCAAAGUCCC